AUCUUCUUUAUCAUCAAAGUGAUCAACAGAAUGUGUAAAAAAAACUCAGCCUGUAUAUACUCUACAAGAAGGCUGAAGUCUCAUUGGUUAUCCAUAGAGAGCUUGACACAUUGAUGACUAACUUCCAAAGGAUGAUGCACCUCCAAGUACACAAACAGCAAGAAACAUCUCAGUCACAAAACAUAAUACUGACUGUGAGGUCUUUUUGCAGUUUUGGGUUCAUUUUGUUGUAUUCUUUUAUUUAUACAUAACUAAUGAGGAUUCAGCCUUCUUGCAGAACAGGGGUCUCAAACUUAAAUGACCUGGGGGCCGCUGGAGGCAGAGUCUGGGUGAGGCUGGGCCGCAUCAGGUAUACCACAAAAAAAGCUUAGCAGGCGCAGGCUAGGAUAGCAGGCGACUACUACCGGGAUGUUCAUUACCCGCCGCGCGUUUGUUGUUGUAAACGUCGUCAUAGAAACAAGUGAAACAAAUGGCAUCAUAAAGAAAUAUCUUCAUAUUUUUUUAUUGUGCAAGGCAUUUACUAUGGAGUAAAAUGUUUUGAGGAAUAAAUCUCUUUCCGCAAAUGAUUCAGUACAUUUCAUUCAUGUCACAUCAUUGCAGAGCAAACGUGGAGAACAUGAAGCUGGGACAGUGGGACACCAUUAUCCCAUGGUUUGCACCUCCAUGGCUGCAAACCAUGGGAUGGAGCCAUGGAGGCGUUAUUUAUUGGCUUUCAUUUUCUAUAAUAACUCCAUGGAUGCAGCGGCGUUGUCAAAUCAAAUAUGACGUGUGGCACAGCAGCAUCAGCUGUACGGUGUUUUGUUACACUCUGUAUUUAUGAUCUCUGUCGGAUGAACAUAAGUGUGUUCAUGAAAACGUAUAUAUUAACUUUUAAUUCACUUCACAGCGUGGCAUUAUGUGACAGAAAUAUGCACAUACAUUGUGAUCUGCCAGACUUAUAAAGACGCAGAUACACCUGGUUCUGUUUUUUUAAAUGUCACACACUGUGGAAUCACAUGCACGAGCCUCAUUUGCUGUCACAGUGACCCAAAAAUGGAUGUAAAGGUCUUUAAACCUCCGUUUGUACGUCAACUGUUGUGUCCGUUCCGCUCAUCAGACCUCAGUGAGAAUUACGCACAGGCUCUCCAACAGCUGAUCAUUACGCACGGCUGCUGUGGAUAUUUGAAACGACUUUACCCCUAAUUCAUCAUAUUUUUCUGCAAACCGUCACCACCGUAAAGUGUCAGUUAUUAUUAUUAAACAUCAGAAGAAUGAUAAAUGAUUUAUUGAUAGAGCUCGUGUUGAAACGGACUUUACAAAGUGCUUCAAAACAAAAUGAAGUGAUCGUUAACAGAGAGAUGAUGCUGAAAUAAACAGAAUGAUGCUUUUAUAAAGGUUUAAUAAUUCACCUUUGAAUUUUACUGAAGGCUGUAUAGCAAAAAUAACGACACAAUCUAGCGCGAGGUGCGCACAUUCUCAGGGCACACUCUUCCUGUAUAAAUAGCACAGUUGUUGUUAAACAGCCAUAUACUCCUGUGAUUGGCAGGCUCGUUCAGCUCCAGCUUGUGCAAUAAAUGGACCUUCAACACACAACACAGUAAAGUGCCAUUCAUAUAAAACUCGCGGGCCGCACUAACAUUAAACUUUCAUAUCAAGGUGGGGGCCACAAAAUAUCAGACCGAGGGCCGCGAGAUUGAGACUCAUGUUGUAGAGUGUAUACAGGCUACACCUACACCAAAAUGCGUUGGUGAAAUAAAGAAGAUUCUUCCGUUUAGACAGCUUAGUUGUUGCCGAGUUGUUUUUUCGCUGUUAGCUUUACUGAACCAGUCCAGGCUUCUGUCAUUGUUUUCCUCGUCCACACUAAAAUGCCAGGCAGGUGUUUCAGAUUAAUUCCUGCUGCAAAGCUCCAUCUAUGGAGUCAUUAUUAUAACAAAGGUUCAGGAAGAAGACCAAGUCCCUUUCUCUCACGAAAUUCAAUCACCUGCGCCUCACUAAUUCAAUCAUCCGCGCAUACCUAUAUAAGCGUGUCUAACCCCGUUCUCUCCCGUUUGUCUCGCUUACCUCCCGCCGUGCUCCGUGAUCCAAGUUCCUGGCAGCAUACCGCCCACGACUAGAUCCAGCAGUACCAACGUGAUAUCUCCUUCAACACCACAUCCACAUGGAACCCUUCUCCUCCAGACGCCGCGCUUCUGAUCAGCUGGGAUCCAGAGCUCCACACACAUCCACGCCAUGGCCCACUCAGAUGCGGCUCUUUUCCAAGCGAUUAACAUCUUCAACCGGAUGUUUGCUCACCUCCGGCGAGCUCUCAAGGAGAUGGUCGUCCCACUCCUACGAAACGAUGAUGAAGACAAACUUUCCAACUCUAUGCAGACUCUACUUCUAUCAACUCUCUCGCCGGCAGCUCAAAUCCUCCCGCUCUUCCGGGUAAAUUUCCCGCCGACGGGCCGACGCACGGCGCACACUGAUGACGUCACAACGCCGCCUACUACAACAGAGCCCAAACUUCUUCAGCCGGGGCUGAAGGCCAGGCUGAACUCCGGAUACAAAUCCCAUUUCACCGAACCGACAACAAAGCCAGGUUCUUCCUGCUCCUCUCUGCCUCCACCUCCACCACCGCUCUGGACAGCCGCUCAGUUCCGGGUUCCCCGCCCAGCGCCACCCGUACGCCACACGUCGAUGACGUCACGACGCAGCCAACUGCUUCAGCCCUCUCGCAGGGCCAGGCUGCACAAUCAACCCCUGCACGUACAUCCCCUCAUCCCGGCAUCCUUUCCUCUUCCCUUCCGUCAGCUGCAGCUACCUCAGCGCUUUCGGCUCCACCCGCCCCCGCAGCUCUUUUCUUCUCUCUCCUCCCAUAGCCACCACUGGUCCUGCUGUUACCUUAGCCACAGUCGCACCGAGCCACGGUGCUCCCUCUACUGAACCCACUCCAUUCUGAAGCAGAAAGCUCAUCGAGACAUGUCCCCCACCCUGAGUCUCGACCCCCGGGUUCCUAGACGCUCCAGUCUCUUUGUGAUUCCAUUUGGUCCCCGGUCAUCCCCCAGGCCAUCGACCCCCUUCAUCCCUCUCCUCGACCCCCAUCCAGCCCACCAUACACUAUCCUCAU